CGUUUGUUUGUGGACCGCCAUUAUACGCAUAGAAGAAGGGUUGGUGUAACGUUAACGUGUGUCGUCGUCCUCGUAGCAGUGAGGCUCUGCGUUAACAUAAAGAUGGUGAAGAUCUUUAUUGGAAACCUCCCUAACGAGGUCGAAAAGGAUGAGAUUGAGGCCCUGUUUACUGAACAUGGCACAGUGACAGAAUGUGCAAAGUUCAAAAACUAUGCCUUUGUCCACAUGGAUGACCGCAAGUCUGCAACCAAAGCCAUCCGCAGCCUGCACCUCUUCAAGCUUCAUGGCAGGCCAAUCAAUGUGGAGCCGAGCAGGGGGAAGAACCAGGGUCCAGUGAAACUUCAUGUGGCCAAUGUGGAGAAAGGCAACGGCGAUGAGCUCCGCACUCUGUUCGAGGAGUAUGGAACAGUGACAGAAUGUGCCAUCAUAAAAAAUUUCGCAUUCAUUCACAUGUCCAACUCCGAUGAGGCCAAGGAUGCCAUAAAGGGAUUAGACAACACUGACUUCCAAGGCAAACGGAUUCACGUUCAGAUGUCAAAAAGCCGUCCCAGAGGGGAGGAAGAGGAUUACGGCCCCCCACCAGAUAGGGGUGGCUACUGGCCACCACCCCGUGGCUACCCCGGAGACAGGGGUCUGCGUGAGCCCCCUCAUUACAGAGGUCGCAUGUCAGGGGGUUACCCUGGCCCCCCUCCACCUCCACCUCCCCCUAGACGAGCCCCUUACCCCCCAGAGCGUGCUUAUGAGCGUGAGAGGGAAAGCUACGGGGUGGUCGAUUACUAUGAGAAGUACAGAGCGCGCCCUGCCCCUUACGGUGGCCUUUCAGGCUAUGGAGAUGAAAGGCGUGUUGGUACCAUACCCCCUCCACCACCACCCCCUUCUGCCAUGGUUAGGGAGCGCCUUGGGGCCUCCUCCCUUAACCCGUACGAGCGUCGCCCCCUCCCUCCUCCGUCCUCCUACUAUGCCCGUGAUCGCAGUCCCAUCAGAAGACCCCCUCCCCCCAUGCCCCCGCAGGUAACGGCUACUCCUAUGAGCGCUCUCGGCUCUCUCCUCUGUCCAGGCCAGCGAUGUACAGCGUACCACGUACCAGAGACCCCUAUGCUGAGAGGGUGGCUCUGCCCCCUCCUGCCCGCUACUCGUAUUGAAAGCACACUGGUGCUUGACUCAAGGUUGUUAGAACCAUGAUCUGUGGAUAGGUGUUGUGGACACAAUGUAGGAGACGGUCGUGCUGUCUUUUGCUGUAUCCUACGAUAUGGACAUGUGGAGGUAAUGUUCAAUUAAGGUAAUUUAUACAGAACUAAGAUUUAUUGUACUUUAAAGGUGCUACAAAGGAUAGAUGUAUUAUUUUUUUGCAUUGUAAAUUUCAGGUUUUCAUUAUCUGCAGUAAUAGUGGAAUGAUAGUGUUUCACAGUAUUACAUACCCACCAGUGUGAUUUGCUGUGCUAUUUGUCUAUUGGUUUCCCCGCUGAAGCGGCACUUGUCAAAAUGGGAAAGCUGUUCUGACUUUGGCUGUUUACCUAGUGGAAAUCGCUCUGUCAUUUCCUGGUUGGUAAAAAUCUACACUGUUCGCUCAAUUUCAGUUUGUGAAAAUAAGCCCUGAAUAGUGAAGCGACUCAUUGUACAAUCUAAAUCGCUGUGAAAAAUCUUUUCAGUGAAACAAACAUUCAGCUUCAAACAGCUGUACAAACUAUUUUUGUUUUUGAAAAUGUAUUUUGCAGCGAUUUUAGAUGGUCAAAGUCAAACAGCUUUCCCAAUUGAUAGGCAAAUAUCACAGCCAACAUUUAGCGGGUAAGUGUUUCAAAGUAUCAUUCCACUAUUAGCAGCAGGUAUAUAUUCUGAAAUGACAAUGCAACAAAAAUAAAAAUCCUAUGUUUAGUACCUUUUUUAAUUCCCAUUUGAUGAUACUUUGCCCAUGCUUAGUAUCCUUUUCUAUCCAACUGAUUCAUCUUAUUGCUCCAAUCCCCCGUAUCUCGGCCUCUUGUUCUUUCUUUGCACAAGAGGUUGGCACGGAAGUGGAAUUCUGCUAGGGAAGGUAUUGUGAAAUUAAUUUAGCAGAAUACUGUAACCAUGUAGGUAUCAGUAAUGAAAUGUUGGAAUAAGUGUCAUGUUGGAUGUACUAAAUUUAUUUUUGUAAUUGUAUGGAUGAACAGACUUCCCCAAUGUUUGUCUUUUUAAUGAUACUUUCCUUCCAUCCUAUUUCUCCCAUCUCUUCCUCUCUAGGGCAUGGUCUUCUUUCCAGUGGUUGGUACAGAAGUGGACUUCUGGUACAGAAGUGGACUUCAGCUCCUCUUGAUAUUCUGACACUGCUCUUCAGGGUUAUGUAUGCUGUGAAUGGGUGCCACCACUACCAGAUCGGUCCUUAUGCAGGAAGUGCAAUGGCCCAUCAUGGUCAGACAUCUCUCUGUGCCAUUUUGUGCCUUAGGUUUAAUAUUUCAGUGAGGUAAAAAAAAAAAUGCAUCUCUUCAGGCCUCCCGAGUGGCGCAGCGAUCUAUCGCAGUGUUGCGGCGUCACUACAGCCUGGGCUCGAAUCCCAGGCAGUGUCACAACCGGCCGUGACCGGAAGUCCCAUACGACGGCGCACAAUUGGCCCAGUGUUGUCUGGCUUAGGGGAGGGUUUGGGGGUGAGGCUUUACUUGGCUCAUUGCAUCAACUACUUGUGGCGGGCCAGACGCCUGCAAGCUGACUUCGGUCGUCAGUUGAACGGUGUUUCCUCUGACAUUGGUGCAGCUGGGUUCCGGGUUAAGCGAGCAGGUGUUGAGAAGUGUGGCUUGGCAGGUCAUGUUUCUGAGUACUCGACUUUUGUCUCUCCCAAGCCCGUUGGGGACUUGCAGCAGCGAGACAAGAUCGCAAUUGGAUAUCAUGAAAUUGGUGAGGAAAAAGGGGUUAUAUUUACACACUUAUUUUAUUUUAAAUAAUCUCUUCUUUCUUCAGGAGGGACUUGGGCAGGACCAGCUUGAAGAAAGAAUGUCUGACUGUUGCCUAAUCAUUUGCUGACCAGAUGAGACUCCUUGUGUUUAAGUGGCAUCAGCAUACUGUUGUCCUUGAUGCUCACCAUUUCUAUGUACUGUCACCAUUAAAGUUAUAAAUUGUGAACAAUU